CGAAAACUGAAUUAUCCGUAGAAUUUCAAACCACAAACAUAUACACGAGUAACACGACGGUGUGGAAAAGGAAGGACGAAAUUACGACUGAGAGUCAAUUUGAUUCCCUCCAUUUUAUUUCUUCACCACAAUUUCCCCUUCACUAUUUUCCCUCUUGUUUCUACUUCAUUCUCUGUCUACAUUCUCGCGCGCGGGUUCUCCAUUUCUCCAUCUUUCUCACACACGCAAACAGUCCAUCAUCGUCUACCAUAGUUCACUGAUUGUAUUGGAGCUAACUGUCCACAGUUCCAAUAAUGUAUAUAAAGCAGGUUGUAAUAGAAGGUUUUAAGAGUUACAGGGAACAAAUUGCAGCCGAAGAAUUCAGUCCGAAAGUUAACUGUGUUGUUGGCGCUAAUGGAUCUGGAAAAUCUAACUUCUUCCAUGCAAUACGCUUUGUGAUAAGCGAUCUAUUUCACAACUUGCGCAAUGAAGAAAGGCAGGCGUUGCUUCACGAAGGCGCAGGUCACCAAGUAUUAUCUGCAUUUGUAGAGAUUGUGUUUGACAACUCAGACAAUCGUAUCCCGGUUGAUAAAGAGGAAGUUCGGCUCAGGAGAACAAUUGGUGUGAAAAAAGAUGAAUAUUUCUUGGAUGGGAAGCAUAUCACGAAAACGGAAGUCAUGAAUCUGCUAGAAAGUGCAGGAUUUUCUCGUUCUAAUCCUUAUUAUGUUGUGCAACAAGGAAAAAUUGCAUCAUUGACAUUAAUGAAGGACUCAGAGCGACUUGAUCUGCUGAAAGAAAUUGGUGGGACUCGGGUUUAUGAGGAGAGACGUCGUGAAAGUAAUAAGAGAAAACAAAUAAUUCAAGUUGUCCAAUACUUGGAUGACAGACUUCGAGAGCUUGAUGAAGAGAAAGAGGAACUGAAAAAGUAUCAGCAACUUGAUCGGCAGAGAAAGUCUUUAGAAUACUCUAUCUAUGACAAAGAACUUCAUGACGCUAAGCAACAAUUGGUCAAGAUAGAAGAGGACCGGUACCAGAUUUCUGAAAAAUCUGCCAGAAUGUACAAUAGUGUUUCAGAUGCACAUGAAAAGGGCAAGGAGUUGGACAAGUUACUGAAAGAUCUGACUAAAGAAGCUCAGAUUUUAAGCAGAGAGAAGGAAGCAAUACAGAAACAAAGAACAGAAGCUAUUAAGAAGCGUGCAAAGCUUGAGCUUGAUGACAAAGACUUGCACGAUAAGAUUAAAGCAAAUAUCAAAGCUAAGGAUGAUGCUGUGAUGCAACUCGAGCUUCUGGAUCAAGAAAUUCAGCAAUCAAAUAAUGAACUCACUAGAAUUAAGCAGCUAUAUGAUAAGCAGGUUGGGGAGGAAGAAAAUUUGACACGAGAGAUAAUGGAUCGUGAAAAGCAGCUCAGCAUUUUGUAUCAGAAACAGGGCCGUGCUACUCAGUUUGCUAAUAAAGCGGCUCGUGACCAGUGGCUUAAAAAAGAAAUCAGGGACUACGAGCAAGUUUUGUCCUCAAACCUUGCACAGGAGGCAAAACUCAGAGAUGAAAUUGAGCAGCUCAAGAGAGAGAUUUUAGAGAAGGAUGACUAUAUAAAGGGACGGAAAGAUGAAGCAGCCGAACUUGAAUCUCGAAUAUCUGGAUACAGACAGGGAUACAACGAGUAUAAACUGGAGAGAGACAAACUGCAUGAUAAUCGGAAGUCCUUGUGGGCUAGAGAAAGUGAGCUCACUGAUGAAAUUGGUAGGCUCAAAUCAGAUGUCGUCAAAGCUGAGAAAAGCCUGGAUCAUGCGACUCCCGGUGAUAUAAGAAGAGGAUUGAAUUCUGUUAGGAGGAUAUGUGAACAGCAUGGCAUUGGGGGAGUACAUGGUCCCGUGAUUGAGUUGCUUGAGUGCGACACAAAAUUUUUCACAGCUGUUGAAGUUACUGCUGGAAGCAGUUUAUUCCAUGUGGUGGUUGAAAAUGAUGAUAUAUCAACUAAAAUCAUUGGGCAUCUCAACGCACAAAAAGGUGGGCGGGUGACAUUUGUACCAUUGAACAGGGUGCAAGCUCCACAAGUUACAUAUCCACGGAGCUCUGAUGUUGUUCCACUUCUGAAGAAAUUAAAUUUUCUGGAGAAAUAUUCUUCAGCAUUCGGUCAGGUGUUUGCAAAGACAGUAAUUUGCCGGGAUUUGGAUGUAGCAACAAGGGUUGCCCGUGCUGACGGUUUGGACUGCAUCACCUUGGAAGGUGAUCAAGUUAACAAAAAAGGUGGCAUGACGGGGGGUUUUUACGACCCUAACCGUUCAAAACUAAAAUUCAUGAACACCAUUAGACAGAAUAUGAAGUCUAUUAGGAUGAAGGAAGAGGAGCUAAACAAAACAGACCAGAAAAUAAACGAGAUAGUGGCAGAGCAGCAGAAGAAUGACGCCAAGUUGGCUCAUGAAAAAUCUGUAAUUGAGCAGCUGAGGCAGGACGUAAUGAACUCUGAGAAGCAAAAACAUUCCAUUUCAAAGUCCCUUGCGAAGAAAGAGAAGUUACUCUCAAGCGUAUUGACUCAAAUAGAUCAGAAUAAAGCUAAUAUUUCUAUGAAACAAGCUGAAAUGGGAACAGAACUUGUCGAUCACUUGACAUCGGAAGAGAAGGAGUCUCUAUCUCGGUUGAAUCCCGAAAUCACCAAUCUGAAGGAGCAGCUAAUUACUUGCAGGAGUAACCGCAUGGAGACGGAAACAAGAAAAUCAGAGCUUGAGAUGAAUCUGUCUACAAAUCUGGUUAGGCGGAAAGAAGAGUUGGAGUCAGUCAAGCUAUCUACAGAGACUGAUUUGUUACAAGGGGAAGCUGAGUUGAAAAGACAGGAAUUGAUGGAUGCCAGUUUAUUAGUUGAUCAAUUGACACAAGAGCUCAAGAGAGUAACUGAAAGUAUAAAUGAGAGGAGUAGAAAAUCAGAAGCGAUCAAAGUUGAAAAGGAUAAACUGAAGAGUAAAGAAGAUGAGUACCAAGCUACUCUGCAAGAUGAAGCAAAAGAGUUGGAGCUCCUACUGAGUAAGAAGAAUAUGUAUCUGGCGAAGCAAGAAGAAUGCACGAAGAAAAUUCGAGAUUUGGGUCCCUUAUCUUCUGAUGCUUUUGAAACGUAUAAGCGGAAGAGCAUAAAAGAAUUGAACAAACUGCUUCACAAGUGUAAUGAACAACUGCAACAGUUCAGUCAUGUGAACAAAAAGGCACUUGAUCAAUAUGUAAAUUUCACUGAGCAAAGAGAAGAGUUACAGAGAAGGCAAGCUGAGUUGGAUGCUGGUGAUGAUAAAAUCAAAGAACUUAUAUCAGUUUUGGAUAUGAGGAAGGAUGAAUCCAUUGAACGUACAUUUAAAGGUGUGGCGAAGCAUUUUCGAGAAGUAUUUUCUGAACUUGUGCAAGGAGGUCAUGGAUAUUUGGUUAUGAUGAAAAAGAAGGAUAAUGAUGACGUUGAUAAUGAUCUAGAUGAUGAUGAGCCUCGUCCAGCAGAAACUGAGGGUCGGGUUGAGAAAUACAUUGGUGUGAAAGUUUCUUUCACCGGGCAAGGGGAGACGCAAUCAAUGAGACAACUGUCCGGAGGUCAGAAAACUGUGGUGGCUUUGACAUUAAUCUUCGCCAUACAACGAUGUGAUCCCGCGCCAUUUUAUCUUUUCGAUGAGAUUGAUGCAGCACUUGAUCCUCAGUACCGAACUGCUGUCGGGAACAUGGUUCGUCGUUUAGCGGAUAUGGCUGGCACUCAGUUCAUAACUACUACAUUCAGGCCUGAGCUCGUGAAAGUUGCGGACAAGAUCUAUGGCGUGACCCACAAAAAUAGAGUCAGCCGUGUUAAUAUUGUUUCCACCGAAGAUGCUUUAGGUUUUAUUGAGCAAGAUCAGACUCAAAAUGAGGCGAUUCCCGACAAGAAAAUGUCUGACAAUGAGGUGCGUGUUUUGGCCGGCCGGCGGGCGGCCAACUGGCGAAUGCGGCCGCACUCGGUUACGGCCGGCCAGUCGCAUCAAUCCCCUCGAAGACUGAAGCCUAAUGCCUACACUCUAGUCAGUUUACCUCGUGCUUGUACGAACACCGGCCUUAAACCGCAUGGCGAGCAACUUCAUACCUACAUUCUGAAGUCCAGUUUCCUCUCUAACGCCUUCGUCUCUUCGGCUUUGGUUAUUCAGCGUGAAUUUUGGAAGGCACUUUCAGCUGGAAAAAUCCAAAGUUUGGGCAGAUCCGUAUUCUCUUACUGCUGCUUCUGGACACCUGAGAAUGAUAUGGGUGGCAUCAGAAAGGCAAGGACAGACAAGAAGGUGAUGAAGGAAGCUCGUUCUAAUUGGAUCAAAGUGGAAAACAAUGUAAUUCUAUACCAGAACUCCUUGGUAGUUAAACCAAAACUCAGUGGCCUGAUUGGAUUGAAAGAAACUGUUGAUUAUUAUGGACUUCGGUUUGUGCUAGAUGAAAAUUAUGUUAAUGCCUCUCUCAUUGAGAAAUUUAGUUCAAGAUUAAUCAACACAGAUCUAAUCUCUAAGGACGCGAGAUCCAGAAAUGUCAUCCCAGGAAACGGAACCAACUUAUGGAAAUGA